AUGGCGACAUCUGGGAGGAGUCUGUACGAGACGCUGGGGUUGGUGGAGGAUGCAACUUUUGACGAAGUGAAAUCAGCUUUCAGAAAACUUGCACUCAAGUACCAUCCUGAUAAGAACCGUGGGGACCCAAAGUCUGCAGAGAAGUUCAGGGAAAUUGAUCUGGCCUAUAAAAUCCUCCAGAAGAGGCUCAGCAACAGAGAUGCUGAGGAGAAGGAGAGGCUCAAGAAUGCAAUAGAAGUUGAAGCCAUGCAUUAUGCAGACAAAAUGAGCCGAUUGACUGGAGGGAAUUUGAUCAGGAAGCAGGAACUGAUCGAUGGCGAUGAAAGACUUCGAAAGGAAGCUGUUGAUGCCUUACGUAGGAUUAAAGUGCAGUGGCCGCAAUUAUUAGAAAAAUACAUCGACGACUUGGAAAAACUUCUGGAGGCCCAGUAUGAGGUCUAUGUGCAAAAAAGGGAUGAAGGCGAGAGAACAGCAGUGAAGAUGCUGAAAAACGCCCUGAUCUCAGCUGCGAGUGAGUAUGACAUCCAGUUGAGCCGAUUGUGCCAAGAAGCUGAAAUCAGUGAGAAGGAGCUGAUGAAGAGAGAGGACCUUUUGGACGAAAGGUACGAGUUGAGGACGAAACGUACAAAGGAACAUAUUAGGUCCGCGGAUGCCCCCCAGAGAAAGAACUGCAACCAGCAAAUAUUGUCUUUCCUAUCAAUAUUGAAAGACCUCACCUAUGCAAAGAAUGUCAUUGAAAAAGAAACCCCUUGA